AGUCUCCUCCCCCUUAUGUUACUAUCGCAGCCUGCUCCUCCCUCCCUCGCAGUCUUCCUCUCCGUCCGUCUCUGUGACGGCGCCAUUUUGCCCCUUUCCUACCCGGGAGCCCGCGAUAGGAUUACUGAAGAGUCCGCGCCUCGCCGACCCCGCUGAUUUGCCCCGGGCACGUGUCCGGCAGGAUCGUAACUCGGCUGUUUAUUUUUCUCGUGCGGAGAGAAGCUUUUUGUUCCCCUUUAACCCUCCCCUCGCCCCUUCCACGUUUUAUUCCGACUCGCCAGAGCUUGGAUUGCCCCCGGCAGGGGGAGGGAUAUUUCUGUAGAACAGCGCCCCCCAUGGAGCUCCAGUGAUCUGAUCCACUUGCUAUCUCUCUUGGACCUGUACAAGGGCAACGUGGCCUGCCCCGGCUUCCCCAACUGGGGAGCCCUUCCCCUCCCUCUCCCCUUCUUCUCCCCAGUGCUGAAUGGCUGCGAUGGCUCCUGCUCUCACUGACCCCGCCCCUGAUGCCCACAACCUACACUUCAAGCUGGCGCCCCCAUCAUCCUCUCUCCCCCUUGGUCAGGUUAACGGCGGCUCUUUGCCUCCUGCCCCCGACCUGGUAUCUAGUUAUUGUGGAACUAUAGGCAAGGAGCAGUUGAAACUGGCCGGAGUCCUUGGCCCCUGCUCCAUCUUGUCUCAGUCAAUCUUGGAGAUCAACCUGGAGGAGCUAAGAGGCAUCACUAAUUCUGGGAGAGGCGGGCAAGAGGGACCUCUGAAUGGGCUGGCAAAGAAACUCAAUGCUGUCCCCAACCUGGAGCCUUGGGUCAAGACUCCAGCUGUUUCCCCAGAAUCCCCUGCUGCAGCACAAGAAGAGAAGGGAACUCCCGUGGAACCUGCUUCAGGGGCCCGACUUCAAGCACUUUUACGCCGCCAUGGGGAAAUGGAAGAGCGAGCCCGGCGCCUGCAGAAACGGCUGCGUCUGGUACAAGCGAAACAGGUGGAGCGGCACCUCCAUCAGCAACUCGGGGGCCUUGUCGGAGCUUCUGUAAACCGGACCCUCGAGUCUCCUGGUUCUCGGCUGAACGUGCUCACUCGGAAGGCAGAGGCCCAGCGCAGGGUGGAGGAGGAAGGUGCCGGCUCAGAUGCCUUCAUGAAGGAAGCCGCCCCGGAGCUGGAGAAGCUGAGUUUAUCAGGUGGAGCUGCGCUGAGGGCGUGCGAGCUUGGAUUUGAUUCUGAUGCUACUGAGAGCAGUUCAGGAGGAGAUUCAGAUAUUGAGGAGGAGGAACUGAAUCGGCCCGAUACACUGAGGAACCACGUGCCACUGAAGCGCCGAUGUGAAUGGAGCUGGGCCCAGGAGCGUGCGGAUGUGGUGAGUCGAUGGAACUGGCUGCAAGCUCACGUGUCCGACCUGGAAUACAGGAUCCGGCAGCACACGGACUUCUACCGACAGCUCCGUGCCGGGAAGGGGCAAGUGCUGCUUGGGGAGGCAAGUCCUUCUGAGACAGCUGGGGAGCCUCUGCGCUCUUCGCUUUCAGACUCAAGAACAUCCUCUUCUCCUUCAGCAGAUGCAGAGAGGCGGGCUGAGUCAGGCACCCCAGAAGCCAAAUCAUUGCAGAGACCAAUUAAUGGGGUGGUUAACAUGCUUCCUCCCGUAUUGCCCCCUCGGCCUGGCUCAGACCCCCAAGAGCUGACACCCAGUAAGCCUUUGUCACCUCUCCCAGAUGCCACGUGUGUGUGUGCCAGGGCCAGGCCUCUAGUCGGCUGCAAGCGGAGGAGGAUUGUGAGGCCUGACCGACUGAUGCCGCUUAACAAGAAGGUUCAGAGGGUCGCCCCGCAUGUCUGUGAGGUUUCCUCAUCCUGUGUUAUGUGUGCCAGUCUCCCUGCGCCCUCCUCUCAAUUCCAAUACAGUGACCCCCUGGCUGAGCGUCUGGCACUGCUGGAUCCAUCAGUUCACCCCGUCUUAUCUUUCCCACAUGAUAUCCCCGCAAGCCUACGUCUCCUUUCUCUUCUCCGCUCUCACAAACAAGACAGGAGCAAGUCCAUAAAGAAGCUAAAACUGCGGCCUCUCAACCAGCUCCAAUCUACUCCUGAGCCCCCACGUGGGGACCGAUUACAGGGGACUCCUAAUGUGCACAGAGUCUCUCACCAUCGACCUGCUGAUCUCCCUCCCAAACAGCACUUGGAACCCCCCCUCCGCACUCUGAAGAUUGACAGAUCCCUCCUCUCCAGGCCCGAUCCCUCGGUCCCAACCUCUGCUCCUCAUGUCAAGAGACGGCAGCUGGGAGUGCCAGACAGAAAUGCAGGAGCACAGCAAGUGGAUGUAUCAGUCAGCAGCCCUAUAGCAGUCAAUCCUGUGCCCCCUCUCAUCCGCCAGCUUUCUGCAUCAUCUGAGGGGCCAAUCUCUUCCUAUUCUGCCUCUGCGGUCUCCCGGCGCCGCAGAACUGAAAGCUCCUAUGACAUAAACAACAUUGUCAUCCCCAUGUCUGUGGCUGCAACAACAAGAGUAGAGAAACUGCAGUACAAGGAGAUCCUCACACCCAGCUGGCGUGUGGUUCACAUCACUCCUGUUACCCCAAAUAAUGAGGAAGAUCCGGAGGAGCUGGAGGAUCUCUCAGACGCUGCCUUCUCCUCGUUGCACGCAGUGUGUGAAGAACAGGAGCGCUUGAGAUGGCAGAGCAGUGUCCCUCCCCAGCGCCGUGGAAGCCGGACCCACAGAACAUCCGAAAGCUCCGUCACCCCUUCUGCUGGUCCUCGGCCCCUCACCCCCCAACCCUCAUCCCCUGACACAGGCAGUUGGCAAGCCCUCCCCGACUUCUCCCCUCUCAGCCCCGACGUCCUCUCAGCUCCUCCCACCCCCACCUCCCGAGAGACCUCCCGCCUCCUCUCAGAAGAGACCCACAGCUCCGUGUCUGACUCCGGACGCGAGGAGAUGGCGGUGCAACCGUGGGAACGGAGAAACUUCCCCCUUUCCUACAGCCCCAAGCGGGAACUGGCAGGACCUUGUGAGCCCACAGACUGGGGAGGACCCCGCCCCCCGCGCCGUCCCUCCUGCAGCUCUAGAACCGCCAAAGACCCCGACGACCCCCCGUCCUCUCCCCCCUGUCCUGUCUCAAGACCCCGACCUCUUCACAGAUAGAGAGAGAGGAGAGCGAUGCCCCCGACAACAGACUAUUUGGCUCCAAAAAAAAAAAAAAUCCAACUGUUUGAUAUUCAAACUUGAUCCCCGGAAGAGUGAGCACCAUUUUCACAAUUUUUAGUGAAUUCAAAGAAUUUAGGGGAAUUUUUUUUUUUUUUUUUUGCUUUGUUUUUUUAUUCCGAGAUGGGGGGGCGCGGAAACUGCUCUUCUCUGGGUGCAACUUGGGCACAAGGCAGGGCUGGCAGUUUGUAAAGCCGAUCAUGUUGAUUCUUUCUCUGUUUCUAUUGGCUGAGAGAGGAGAGACCCGCCCCGCUGGUAUGUUCAUUUAGACCCCUCCCCUUUCUUCUAUCCUACAAUUAGACGUCAUGUUAAUUAAGCACUUAGUGUUCAGUGGGGAGACGGGACUUGUUUACAGAGCUCACAAUCAUCAACAGCAGAAACUAGCGAUUCUCUUCCUGAUCACCCUUUGUCUGUCUGUUCUGUUUCCUCUAUAAAGUCCCAUUACUUUCCGUUUCCUAUUCCUCAUCCUGAAUAAUCAUUUAGUGAAUUCCCUCCAUGCCCCUUCCUAAAAAUAAUCAGCUUCCUUCUGUUGCUUUGGAAACCCUGCCCCCCGCCUUCAGCUUUUCAGCCAAUCAGAAACCUUAAAGGACCAGUAACAUCAAAAAAAUAAAUAAAAAAAGUCGUUCACAUACAAAAAACACCAAGACGAAUGACAUUUUAAAAUCUCAAAGUCUUUAUUAAGAAAUAACUUAACCGAAUCUCCUCUUCAGAGAGCGAUUGGGCGAUCCAUCGUGCGGCGCUCGAUUUCUCCUCCCUGUCUACCUUAUAGGAGAGAGCCAGGCAGGAGAAAUCGAGCAGCGCAUGAUGGAUCAUCACCUUUUCGGAAGAGGAAAUUUGAUAUUACUGGUCCUUUAAGCCGGUCAUUCACAGGCCAAUGAAAACUGCCGAUUUGAUCCCCUCUUUUGAUUAUUGAGUGACCCAAUCAGGCAAAGAUCCCCCUUGAUCUCUCCUAAAUGCAAUUGGCUGCCUGGGAAUCUGAAUUCCAGCUCCUGAUUGGCUGUUGUUGUUUCCCCCCCAUAAUGUGGCAACAGACUGACAUUGUGCCCCCCGUCUUUCCAAGUAGACCCCCGACUUCUUGCACUGUGUAUGAAUGCGAGUGCGUAACUGAGAAUAAACACCCCUCCCCCCCCGAGUUUACACCCCUUACAAUUCAGUUCUACACGUUUUAUGUCUUUAUCCUGAUUUUCAUUUGUUUUUCUUUUACUCUCUGUGCCAAUCAAAGGCUCCUUGGCACUUAACGGGUUAAACACCUUUUAAUUCCCCCCAGUCUUUGAGCAUUAAUUAACGGCUUCAGUUCUCCAGCAAGAAAUUCACCUUGAACCCCCCCGGCGAGAGAACUUUUAGCUUUGUACAAAGGAGAUCGGUAAAGAAUUGUAUUUUGUAAAUAACUUUUUAUUCGCUUUAUUUUUUUGCCUAUUUUGGUUUAUUUUUCUGGACGGCGGAACGGGCGCCGGUUACUGGGUUGUAUACGCGGGAAAUGGGGGGGGGGGAAACGAUGCGUUUUUGUUGUUUUCAGAGUAAUCUUUUCUUUGUUUAAUGUGUUUAUCCUGUUGGAAAAAAAAAAAUAAGCACUGGGCUAAAGUGCUGGAGAAAAAGAUGAAAAAAAGGGAAAAAAGCCAAAAAAAACUUAAAUAAUAAACCAGUUAAACACUG